UAUCCCUUCGGCAACCCUCCCUGGGCCCUCUCCACCGGCGUCCACCACCACUCUACCCCGCUGCCACCCCCUUCGUCGUCCGCCGCCGGCAACCACGUCUCUCCUCCGCGGCCAUCCCUGCGACCACCCCGCCCCCGGCCCUGCCGUCCGCAGCCGGCCACCACCACUCUCCUCCGCCGCCGGCCACCAACUCUGCUGCCUGUGUUGUCAUGCCUGGCGGCGUUUGGGGGAAGUAAUCUCACGGGAGACGGGGGCGGGAGAAGAGUUGAUUUCCGUGUGCAAUCGGGGAAGAGAGGAGUAAUUUUAAUUCGGAGUCCGUCUGUUGAGAGGGUUGUAAUCAGGAUUCCCUCUCCCCUCCUCCUCCUCCCUUCCGCAGGAGUGAUUCGAAUUAGGCCAGCUCAGGCAUCCGCCGUUGUCACAGAUCCAAUUAGCACAUACGCCAAAACCGCUUGUUGAUCCAAUCCAAUCAGCCAUGAAGAACAAAAGCGGUCGUCGCAGACGCAAUCUAAACGCAACGCAAAAAGCAACUCGCAACGAAGCCGCUGCUAGCAACGCAAACGAAGACAGGCUCAGCAAGCUGCCCAAUGACCUUCUGCUCAACAUUCUGGAGAGGGUGGACACGCUCGAUGCUAUUAGGACCUGCAUCCUCUCCAGGCAAAUGCUGAAGCUCCCCACCAUGCUCUCACGCCUCUACCUAACUUUCAGCCUCAAGGGAGUGCUCCGAACCAACCAUGCUGUGGCUUAUGUAACUGAUAACAUCUUGAGCACAAGGAGCCCGGAGGUUACCAUCAGCGAACUCAAAAUUAGAUUUCUCUUGUUGCCCAAUGACUCUCUAAUCAUUGGCAGAUCUGUUGCCCGUGCCAUGGCAACCCAGAAGGUUGCCGCAGCUGAGUUUGAGAUUGUAACGAAGAAGCGUUAUAGCCUCUGCUCUUCUGCUGACCUCCUCCAGUUUGGGAAGCAGUUCAAUGAUUUAUUUGGUGCUUGUCCGCAUGCGUUUGCUGGCCUUACGAGCCUGUGGCUGCAAAAUAUGAGGUUUGGUGAACUGGACAUUCCCAACAUCCUCAGCACUUGCAAGCUCUUGGAGUAUUUGCGUUUAUCCCAUUGCGACUCAGGGGUCCAUGCUGUGCUGCAAGUAGAACACGAUCAACUUGUUGAGCUCGAGGUCGACCAGGGGAAAUUUGAGAGAGUUGAACUGAUAUGUCUACCAAAACUCCAACGGAUGACCUAUGAUAAUUGGUUCUCUUCUCAGGAUCCAUUGUAUUUUGGUUUUGUACCACAGCUUUCAAAGCUGAGCCUUAUCAAAACUCGCAUCCGUUCGGACAAGACUCUCGAGUUAAGUCAGCUCCUUGCUAAUGUUCCUUCCAUAGACUAUCUGCGUCUGGAUUUUCGAAGUGAAAAGAUUUGGAUUCUGCCAGAAUGCCCAAAACUGCUCAAGCCUGUGCUCAACAAACUACAGCAUGUGAAUCUGGACCAUCUUCCUGAAGGAUGUGAUUUAGCUUGGACAAUGUUUAUUCUUGAAGCUGCACCCUCCCUGAAAGAGCUGUGCAUCACAGUGUGGGAUCAUUGGUGCAUAAUGAUAACAAACAAAGAGUUGCGGAAGAAAUAUUGUUUCUGCGAAAAGGCAGACGUGAAGUGGAAGCCAUAUGCCCCUGAUUUCAAGCACAAGAAUCUGGCUAAGCUCACCAUCUACGGGUUCCAACCUGACGACAAUUUUAUGCGAUACAUCAGGUGUGUCGCGGAACAUGCAGUUAAUAUAACAGAGAUAUCCCUGUAUGACAGGAAGGUGUGUGGGCGUUGUGGCGACUUGGAUCCUGAGAUCAAGGACAGUGUAUGUCCAUCAAGAUAUCCACCGACAGCCGAGGAGCGGAAGCAGAUAACAGAGGAGUUGGGUUUGUCUUUUGUUGAUGUGGUUCACUUCCGGUCCUAAUUGAAAAAAUGUAGCAGUUUCUAAGUCAUCUGUAAUAUCAUCUUCAUAACUGGAAGGAGUUCAUGAAACUCCAUAAUUCAGUAGUUCUUAUGCUUGUACUCUUGCUUUCCUUUCAAUUGAAGCUUUUGCACUAUUGGGAAGUAUUCUGUGUUUGUGAUGCAUGGAAAUAAUAAUUGUGAACUAUUGUAAACAAGUUGACAUCA